GGGCCUGUCACUCCCCGAGAUGCCCCCUGUGGCUUUGGACCCAGGACCCUCCGGAAAAGGCACUUGGACUGUGUCCGACCUCUUGCGCUUCUCCCCGCCACCCUGCUCCCCUGGCCCGCCUCCUCGCCGUCCUGCCUGGCAUCGUUACCGCCUUUCCGAGAGCAUGAAAGGGCUGCUGGUGGCCCUCUUGGGGGGCGGCGUGCCGGCCGGCUUUGUGGCCCCCUUCACCCGCAUUGUCAAUGAAGCGUCGGGGAUGCCGUCCCUGGAGAUCCUGUACUUCCGUUGCUGUCUCCACCUGCUAUUCACCGGCUACCUGCGCUACAGGAAGGUGCCAUGUUUCGGGCCGCCAGAGGUGCGUUGGCGCACCCUGCUCCAUGCCUCGGUUAACGUCAUCUCCAUUGGCUGUGCCUACAGCUCCUUCAUGAUGGUGCCCAGUGGCAACGCCGCCACUGUGCGCAAGGGUUCCUCCACCAUCUCCUCCGUCCUGCUGGCCUUCUGUAUCGAGAACAGUCAGCUGACCGGCUACGACUGGUUCGGGCUGGUGGGCAGUACGCUGGGCUUGAUCAUCAUGGUGGUGCCGGACCUGUUGAGUUUGGACAAGAGCACCCAGAUCUACAACACCUUCGGCUACGUCUUGGCCUGCUCAGGAGGCAUGGCGUUGGCCUUGGGGCUGAUCAUUUUCCGGAGGCUGGACUUCCCAGCGAAGCUGAUGACCGUGGCGUUCCUCUUCGGUGUGGUGGGCAGCCUGGUUUGCUCCCCGCUGAUGUUCCUCUUCCAGGAGCCGGUGCUGGUGCUGGAUUUGUACACUUGGAUUUACGUGGUGUCCAUCAGCAUCCUGGCUUUGUUCUCCUUCUUGUGCGCCAGCUACGCCGUGACGAAGGCACACCCGGCGCUGGUGUGCGCCGUCUUGCACUCCGAAGUGGUCGUCACCCUGGCCGUCCAGUACUACGUGCUACGGGAGGCCGUCACGCCCUUCGACAUCAUGGGGGCCGGCGUCAUCUUGGGCAGCAUCGCUAUCAUCACUGCCCAGAACAUCAGCUGCCACCCAGCCGACGAAGAGGAGGGACCGAUCGUGCCGCAGCAGGAGGGCAAGCACACCAAGGAGGCCCCGGGUCGAAGCAGGCACCAACCGCCGUAUUCCACGGCACAGAGGGAUCGCGUGGAUUAAAGGAGGCGGUGGGUGAAAGCGGUGGGCGCCAACCAGCAGAUUGAACAGCAGGGAGAGUGCGAGUAGAUCAGCGAGCCAGUUGGUCAAAGUAGGCACCAACUGUUACAGCAGAAGGAUCCAGUAGACCCAGCAGGCAGUUGGUCCAAGCGGGCACCAACUGGCAGA